CUGUAAGCUUAGAAGUGCCCAUCAUGGAAGGAUGGAGAUACCCUGCCUGUGAACUUGGGGAUGCCCUGCCUGCAAGUUGGGGAACACCCUACCUGUGACCUCAAGGAGCUUGGGGACACCCCAUCCACAUGGCCGUGCCAGCACAGCCACAGCACAGGUUGUGAUCAGUGUUGGACACGAAUGGACAGCGGGGCAUCAGCCAUGGGCCUUGUGCCUGGCUCCAACACCCACCUGGGUUUGUUUCCCUCGAGGUCCAGCUUGGCCAACAUCCCGUUGACUCCGGAGACCCAGCGGGACCAGGAGCGGCGGAUACGCAGGGAAAUCGCCAACAGCAACGAGAGACGGCGGAUGCAGAGCAUCAAUGCUGGCUUCCAGUCCCUGAAAACCCUCAUCCCACACACGGAUGGGGAGAAGCUCAGCAAGGCAGCCAUCCUCCAGCAGACAGCUGAGUACAUCUUCUCCCUGGAGCAGGAAAAGACUCGGCUACUGCAGCAGAACACCCAGCUCAAGCGGUUCAUCCAGGAAUUCAGUGGCUCCUCCCCGAAACGGCGACGGGCGGAGGACAAGGACGAGGGGAUCGGCUCCCCGGACAUCUGGGAGGAUGAGAAGGCCGAGGAUCUGCGUCGGGAGAUGAUCGAGCUCCGGCAGCAGCUGGACAAGGAGCGCUCGGUCCGCAUGAUGCUGGAGGAGCAGGUUCGCUCCCUGGAGGCCCACAUGUACCCUGAGAAGCUGAAGGUGAUUGCUCAGCAGGUGCAGCUCCAGCAGCAGCAGGAGCAGGUGAGGUUGCUGCACCAGGAGAAGCUCGAGCGUGAGCAGCAGAUCCGAACCCAGCUCCUGCCAUCACACGCUCCCCCAGCGCCCACCCACCACCCCACCGUGAUCGUUCCAGCGCCGCCUCCCUCCCAUCAUGUCACCGUGGUCACCAUGGGCCCGUCCUCCGUCAUCAACACGGUCUCCACAUCCCGGCAAAACCUGGACACCAUCGUUCAGGCCAUCCAGCACAUCGAGGGCACGCAGGAGAAGCAGCUGCAGGAAGAGGAGCAGAGACGCGCCGUCAUCGUCACUCCCGCGCGCGCCUGCCCCGAGCCCUCCGCCUCCGACACCGCCUCCGACACCGAGGGCAACGACAGUGACUCCAUGGACCAGAGCAAAGAGGAGCCCUCGGGGGACGGGGAGCUGCCCUGACACCCCCCGGCCAGCAGCCGGGGAGGGCAGCCAGGGUGGGGGGGCAACGUCAGAGAAUAUGCUGAAAUUUUUAAAAAAUACAACGCGAUUUGGGUCUCUUUUAUGACCUUUUUCCAAUACUGUAAAGCAGAGCGUUAGAGGCAGGCAAAGGUCACCCUUCAGCUCUCAGGGGGGCGGGGGGCUUUGGGGUGG